AUGCCGGUAUUGCUUCCCCGCGAGCUGGUGCAGUCAAUCUCGCAGCAUUGUCCAUGUCGGGAGGCGCAAAUCCUACAAUUGGCGACGUACUUCAAUGGCGUUUUUCCUAGCCCCGCGGUCUUGGUGGCCUAUGGCCUCGAAAACAGCAACAAGACAAACGUUAUAACCAGUGUCUUGGAAAAGAGGGAAUACCAAUAUGCCGUCAUACGAAGUCGAGAAUGUCUGUCGCCGAGACACCUCCUUUCCAAGAUCUUUGCAGAAGUGAUCGAAGCUUUUGGACUUGAGUCACAACUCGGGCGGUAUGUAAGGGUGGACAGUCUCAAUGCCUUGCUUGAGAAUAUGAGAAAAAUCUCCCGGGACACCUGCGGCAGGAGGUUCGUGGUGGUGAUAGAAGACAUCGACCGGCUGAAACAGGCUGGCACCAUGUUACUGCCCGCUCUUGCGCGUUUGGGAGACCAGAUUCCUGGGUUUUCGGUCAUAAUGACAUCCAGUUCUCCGCGACCUCUGAUAUUACACAGAACGGGAAUUCCAUAUGUCCAUUUUCCUCCCUACACGCGCAAUGAGGCGGUCAAUAUCGUCACGUCUGAGGGUCUGCCUCCUCUGCCCAAUGACACAGUCGAAAUAGACAAAGACGCCCUCACCACAAUAUAUGCCCAAUUCGCCGUGACGGUGUACGACUCGCUCAUCUCCCCAACAUCAUCCACCUCAAUUCAAAGGUUUCGCACGACUUGCCACAAGCUCUGGCCGAGGUUUAUCUUGCCUUUGACCUCAGGUCAAGAGCCUCCUGCCGCUGGUCGCGGGGGUUCAUGGGACUUUGCAAAGUUGAUCGUGCAAAAUCGUGCAUUGUUUCAAUCCGAGGGCGAGAAGGCGUUGCAUCACACUCUCCCUCUGUCUGCUCUGCGGCGGGAGACACUGUCGGAUACAAAGUCACUACUAUCACACCAGGAUGCACCGAGCACUCCAUCGAAGAAGACCUUGCUUUCUAAUGAUGGCCGAGACAUGACGACAGUAUCAAUGCGGCCACCUCUACUGAAACAUUUCUCGACACUAGUCUUGAUAUCUUCCUAUCUUGCCAGUUAUACGCCUCCCAAGCACGACAUUCUUCUGUUUUCUCGUCUAAGCUCUAGCUCGGUGACAGUGAGCAGAAAGAUACGAAGACUGAAGGGAACGCCAACGAGAAGGAAAAGUGCGUCGGCGUCGACCCCGACCGGCACGCCGUCGAAAAAGGAUGCCGCCGAGACCAAGUCGCCCCGCAGGUCUCGAACGAAAUCGCUGUUGGCGGCCAGCGCGGGUCUUGGUGUUUCCCGACCGUUCACACUCGAACGCCUCGUCGCCAUUCUACGAGCGGUCCAUCCGCAUGGCAUCCCUAACCGUCCUGGCAAGGGUGUUUGUGAUCGUGUCUACCGGGAACUGGGGGAGCUGGAGAGAUUGAGGCUUGUGGUCCGUGCCUCCGGGGCGGGUUUUGGAGGAGCUGCGGACGCCCUGGGUGGUGCUGGUACAUCAACUGGAGGUGCUGACGAUCCCAGUGAAGAGAGAUGGCGGAUAAACGUCAGUAGGGACUGGGUGGUUGAUAUGGGUAAGGUUUGGGGGAUGAGCAUCUGUGAAUAUGAGGUUGAUCAUGAAUUAUGA